AUGUCGCCACCGUGGUUCACUGAUUCAGCAGACGUGUUGAACCGUUCGGGUCGUCCUACACAACCCACUUAUCUACCGCCUUUCCGCCGUGACGAGAACAUCAUAAUCAACACCUCAUACCGCGGCCGUGGCCGUGGACGUGCAGGUGAUGGCGGACGCGGUCAGGGACGUCGCCGUUCUGGUGGAUAUUUCCACGAUGAAAAUCCCAACAACUUCCCAUUUGAUAUCUCUCAGAAAUUCAAUGAGUUAGAGGUCACCCAAGAAGAUGAAGCCGCUUCAAAGACGAAUGCAAGUGCGUACGAUGAUACGACGGUGGAGGCGUCUGGCACUAACAUACCGCCACCUGUGACGUCGUUUUCUGAAAUAUGUUUCUCGAGCCAGGUUCUGAUUGACAACAUAAAGAGGUGCAAGUACGUGAAACCCACGCCCAUACAGAGGUACGCCAUUCCAGUGGCCAUGACCGGGAGGGAUUUGAUGGCAUGCGCCCAGACUGGGUCCGGUAAAACGGCAGCGUUUUGCUUUCCCAUUAUCAACGAGAUCCUUAUGGCUAAUCAGAAGUACAAAAGGGUUGGUAAUCCUCACGGCGUAGCUUGUCCACUGGCUCUCAUACUAGCUCCUACUAGAGAGCUGUCAUGUCAGAUAUACGAGGAGGCAAAGAAGUUCUCCUAUCAAACUGGAGUCAAGGUUGUGGUUGCUUAUGGCGGGGCUCCAAUUUUCCAGCAGCUACGCAAUCUGGGAAAUGGUGUGGACAUCUUAGUUGCUACCCCUGGCCGUUUGGUGGAUAUGAUAGAAAGAGAAAAGGUUUCACUGAAGAAUGUCAAGUAUUUGGCUCUUGAUGAGGCUGAUAGAAUGUUGGACAUGGGCUUUGAGCCCCAGGUUCGGAGGAUUGUUCAGCAAAUGGAGAUGCCUCCGCCAUGUGCAAGGCAAACAUUGCUUUUCAGUGCAACAUUUCCAACUGAAAUACAAAGGCUUGCUUCGGAUUUUCUAUCAAACUACAUAUUUCUAGCUGCUGGGAAGGUUGGCUCAAGCACUGAUCUCAUUGUUCAACGAGUUGAAUUUGUUCCUGACGCGGACAAAAGAGAUCAUUUGAUGAAUCUUCUUCAUUCCCAGAAGACAAAUGGGAUCACAGGAAAGGAUGUUUUGACCCUUGUUUUUGUAGAGACGAAGAAAGGAGCUGAUAUGCUGGAACGCUGGCUGUGCAGAAAAGGUUUUCUCUCUACUGCCAUUCACGGUGACAAAGUUCAGAUGGAAGCAAAUCAAGAAAUCCCAACUUGGCUAAAGGAAUAUGCUGAGACAACUUACAUGUCCGCUAAUGGUAGAUCUAAGCGCUCUGUAGGCAACAAAUUUGCUGGUUAUGAUUAUAGAAGUGGCGAUGUCGAUGGUGGUAAUGGGGACUUCUCUAGCCAUUAUGCUAAUAGUACUACAGGGAGUGUAUAUCCCCUUUCUGCUCUUGACACUUCUCAAUUUGCUCCUUACGACGUCCCUGUUGGUGCUGAUGUUACUGGUUUCAGCAACAAUUCGUUUGAUGCAGGUUCAAACAGCUAUGGAAAUGAUUAUGGCUCUGUUGUUGCAAUCGGGUGGGAUUGA